AUGGCAAAAAUUUAGUUUAAUUUUUUGCAAAUUAAAAUAAAAAAGCACGUAAUUAAUUAAUUAAAUGCAUUAGAAAUAUAUUGUAAAAAUAUUUUUGGCUGGCAUUCAAUAUCAAAAUAGAGAGGAGUAAAUUUAUUUUGGCUGAUGAAUAUUUAUUUAUUUAGUGUUUUUAAUAAUUAAUCUGAUGAAAUAGUAUUAUGUAAAAUUUUGUUUGAAGGAAAUUUCAAUUACAAGACAAUCUGGUUAUAUCUCUAAAAUAGAUCGUAAUAUAAUUAUUUUUAUUAAUUAAUUAAAAUAUAUGCAUGCAUCCAAAUAAUUUUAUAAUCAAUCAUAUGA